AAAACUAAAACUGUCCUAGAAUUGUAGUUAUGCGUCUCAGCUGGUGGAGCUCGAAGUAUCAGGAUCCUGUGCGUGUGGUGGAAUGGAUAGUGAAGACAGUGGAGAGGCACAAAGUUGGUAGAAAUAAACAAGACCUACUAACAACCUGCAAUAAUAAAUGCGAGAGAAGUUCCAAAAUUUGAGAUGGAAGGCAAUCCAUUGAGCAUCAUUCUAGUGAAGAGCGACAGCAAAGGUGAUCGUUUGCUCUUCCGAUAUCCAUAUGCUGCAGAGUCGCAUUCUGGUGAAGCAAAUUGCAAGAAGAGGAGGAACCCAUACGCCCUUACAAGCACAGACGACCUUCUUGAACCGCCCAGACAAACGUCCAACAUCAGCCACAAUCAGCUCACAGGGUUUUCUGACGAAGUCCUGUCAAACUUGUUUGCUGUCAAGUCAGACCUGUGUGGAAACAAAUUUGAACUGAAGGUCAAUGAUGUUCGGUUUGUGGGACAUCCAACUCUCGUCAGCGCAGGAUCUGUCCUGAUCAACAUUCAAUUUGCUAUGAGAGCCACAGCAAGUCAUGCUAUUGUCAAGUGCUAUUACGACCUGAGCCGCAGAUUGGGAGUUGCUCUUCGACAUGAGGAGAAACGUUGUGGCUACGUCACUCAAGAGACUAAGGCCAUGGUCACUGCCCAUGAUGAAGCCCAGCACUCGCCCUACAGCCAAAUCUUGGCUCGAAGUGCACUCGCGAGAGACUUGAAGACCGUUUACGAGGAACUCUGCCUUGCAGGUCAAGUCCACCUGAGGGUCAACAAUUGGAUAGAGGUGUCGUUCUGUUUGCCGCACAAACUGCAUCCUGAGCUUGACCCCGACUUGCUGUGCAUACAUGCCCUCCGACCAUACUACGGCCUUUUGCUUCUGGUCGAAACGGGAGAACUUGUGUCAGGACUGUCCUCGGAUGCUUCCCCAGCAUUAAUCCGACUUUUGCAGGUUUACAGUCCGCUGAAGAGUUUUCAGACCCUUGCAGCAGAUGCAGAUCUGGUGCUAAACCAAGUCUACCAACUCGCCCGACACUUGGUUUACUGGGCAAAAGCAACAGUCAUAUUCCCUCUGUGUGAAAGCAACAUCUACGUAGUCAGUCCAACAGCCCCUCUGGCAGUCAACUCUGCCCUAGUAGAAGAGUUUUCGGAGAAAUUUCCUGGAUCUCAUCUCCUGUCUGUGCUCUCGGAAUUUUCACUGCCUUCGUCGCUCAGCCAACGAGUCAGUCCCUUGGACAACCCUCAGCAGCACUCGCAACUGGUCUGUAUGAUCAUUUGGAUGCUGCAACAUAGACUCUUGCUCCAGCUGCACACCUAUGUGCACUUGAUGCCCACGUUGGCUGGCAUAGCAAAAUUAGGCGAAGAUGAGGAACUGCUCGGUGAUGACGAAAGGGUGGUGCAUAGUCCGGAGGAAAUAGCCCUGUUCUCUCGACUGCAGCGGCACUUUAACGGACAACAUCACUUGGAGGAAAUUAUGUAUCUUGAAAAUGUGAGGCGUUCUCAGUUGCUGCAGCUGAUAGACAAAUUCAGAGGUGUGAUAAUAACUAGACAGUCUGAAGACCCAAUGAUUGCAAACUUUUUCAUUUCUAAAAAGCUGCACUCCUAGUUACUUAGCAAUUAAUUAAACUGUGAUUAAAAUUAUGAAUAUUAUUAUUUUUUAUCUGCUGGUUAAGUUUACUUUUAUGUUACUAAGAAAGGGUCUUAGCUUGUCGUAAAUUGUAUAAUACAAAUAUUAUCUAAUAAAAACUAUUUAAUUAUGUUGCCGUAACAACUAUGUGUAUCCA